CUGAAGAGAAGUUUGCCUUUUGUUCAAUGGUGGCAACAUUGAAAAUGUUUGGAGUUUCUGGGUGUUUGGAGCACAAAAUUACUUGUGUAAUAAAAUAUCAGUUCAUUUGAUUCUAAUGAUUUUGCAAACAAACUAUGAAAACUUUGAUUGUUCAUUACAUUUUUUAACCUGGUCCGCUACUGAAAAAGCUUUAGGCUUGUGAUACUGCUAUUGUUACAACCUUCCAUCACUAUACAGGAUGAACUUACACAGUAGUUCAUCGAAACAUGACGAACUUCGUGAACACAUUUUUGAUUACUCCAAUUACUCUUCUACAGAAGAUGAUAACUCUAACUGGAAGCGUUCAACUAGUGAUGCAAGCUUUUUUCUUGACGGACAGCUUCCGAUCGACGAGUGCGACACAUCUGGAAAUGUUUCAGAACAAGCACGAGUUUAUUGGGACUUACCAGAAGCUGUGGAAGCCUCCGUAACACCUAGUUGUGGAUUAGACAGAUCACAACGCAGCUACGAAGUACGAAAAUUAGAAAAGGUGUCAAGUGGAUCUGCAACAUCACGUGUUCAGGUGCAUCGUGUGCAUUUUCGAGAGCACAACUUACCACCAAUAAUGAGAAAAGAUGGAACGAAUCGUUCACAGUCAACACCAUUUACACCAUUUCAAAAUAUAGACUGUGCACGUUUAUUGAGACAGUUUCAAGAACAGCAGCAACAAAGAGAUUAUAAUCUUGAUUCAACUCGAUUAUUAUCUGUUCAGCAUCGUUCAAAAUCUGACGCAAAUCAGUCAGUAUCAUCAAGUUCUAAAUUUGUUUUAAAGACUACUGAUCAUCAAUCUGAUCUGACAAAUAACGACGCAAUUAUUAUGGGUAAUAAAGCUAUUAAAAAAGAAUAUAUUAACGAAUCAACGACAUCAUCAUCAUUAUCAAGUGUUCUUAAUAAUAGAUUUGAUACAUUUAUCAAUCAUACUAGUGAUAAUGUUGAUAAUAAAAUUAUCAAUGAUAUUAAUCCUAAAAGUAAUCACAAUUUUCAAAUGAUUGAACAAAAAAUGAUAUCAGAAAUGGAAAAACUAAGACAUAUUUCGUUGUCACCCUUCACUGUUUCAUCAUCUUCAUCAUUAUCGACCAUCGUGCAGCCAUCAGACAAUAUUGCUAAUAUUAUAACAACAAUGACUACAAUACCACAAGAUAACAAUUCCGUACUUGUACGGAACGAAAAAGACAUGAAUCGUUUAAAUGAAGAAUAUAAGACCAUAACCAACUGUGAAUAUUGGUUAAAUAAAGCACGUCAAGCAUGUGAAAAUCAGGCUGAUUUGAAUGUUUUAACUGCCGAUCUUAUAAAACCUGAUGGUCUUUUAGAAACAAUUGCAUCAAGACUUAUCAAACCUAUUGAGUCUACUUCGGAAGCGCCUAUUACUGAUUUUACUCAGAAUAUCCAUGAGCAAUAUUCUCACUACGAUGAUCCAGAAACAAGUGAACUAUUCACAGAAUCUACAGAUAAUGUAGAUGGAAAACCUGUGAAAUUACUUUCCAGUACAACAUCGGACUUAAAUCUUCCGAAGGUCAAUCAGUAUAAUGAAGCUAGCAGACGAGUUGUUAUUGGCUCAGCACGACUACUCAGUCAGAUUUUAUCAGAAAAUCAUUUGCUCAAAAUACUAGAUAAGAAAUUAGUUUCACAAAAGCAUCCUAAUGUUUUGCAUAAAGAUGAGUUUGACAAAGUAGAUAAGUUGAUUAUUCAUAAACAAGAAUGUUCUCCGUGUAACACUUCACCCACCUAUGAUAAUGAUUAUGAAAAAUCAAUUGAUAUGAGUGGUACCACAAAAUUAUUAUCUCCCACAGCUUUAUCGUCAACACAAAAUCCUCUACUGUACAAUGAUAAGUUACCAUCACAUGAGCACAUAACUAAUUUACUCAAGAAUAUUAUCGGAAAAUGUUGGGAAUACCGUGAAGAUGUAGAUAUCUAUCGUGAAUAUUUGGGAAUCUUAGAACCUUUAUUAAAGCAUACAGAAACAAUGUGUGAUACAGUAGUUGAAAAUGGUGGUCUUCGUAGUUUAAUUUAUGCUUGUCGUUCAAGUGAUCUACCAUCUUUACGUCAUGCAGCUGUUUGUCUAAUGAGUUUAGCACUAUUUGGUGGGAGUGGAAGUCAUAGUGAAAUGAUGCGUCAACAUGCAAUUGAAUGGUUAUUUUGUUUAGCAUUUCAUCAAGAUGAAGUAAUUAAAUAUUUUGCAUGUUUAACUAGUGCUGUACUAUCUACUAAUCCCGAAUUGACCGCUGCAGUAAAUGCUUCUUGUACACUCAACCUAGUGAUGCCUUUCGUACGUUCACAUUCACCAAUAGAAUUCGCUCGUCAACAUUUAGUUGCUGCUUUUCAACACACUUGUAAGAAGAACGCAUCCGAUACUUCAGAGUCACAGACAUCUUUUUCUAACAAUCAGUCAGACACUGCAAAUUAUUGCUGUGAAAAUCGGUAUACAGGGGGAUCGGUCGAUUGGUUAAAACGUUUAGUACCAGUUAUGUUCAGUAAACAAUUUGAACCACGUGUUUUGGUUGCUUUUCAUUUUGCUGUUGAAGCGACACUAAAAUCUGAUAUGAAGUGCAGCCAUGCGUUUUACGAAUCGAAUAUCGUAGAAAUCUUGCGUAAUGUUGUCUGUAGUUCAACUUUUCUUGAGUCGAAAUUCGCAGCAAUGGCCCUACAUAUUUUAGGUGAAGACGUCCCUUGUCGAUUGUCAGCCCAAGUACCGUUAUGGGAUUAUGCUGAAGUUGAAUGCUGGUUGACUCGAAGAGGAUUUGAAGAUUUGGCUACUAAAUUUUCAAAGCUACGUGUUGAUGGUGAUUUAUUACUUAGAUUAGAUGAAUUCAAAUUAGAGAAGGAUUUAGGACUUGAAAAUGGAAUCACGCGAUCUAGGUUAUUACGUGAAUUAUGCUCUUUGAAGAUUAAUGCAGAUUAUUCAGCUGUUGAUCCAACUGGAAUUUCUGCUUGGCUACGUGAAGCUACACGUAUCACUGCUUUAAAUAAUACGAAUACACCAAGAAAUCCAACGACAUCAGAUUAUGUUGUAAUUAAAAAUGAUUUUCAAUGGACAACGGCUUCUACUAAUGCAUCAGAAUAUACCUCGAAAUAUUGUUAUACACAUGAUUUGUCCUGUUUAAAUCAAUCAUUCGAUCUUCUUCAAUAUUCAUAUAACUUUAUUUCAGCUGGUGUACAUUAUCCUUUCUUACCUUAUUUAUCAGAUAAAAUGCUUUUAGAAGAUUGUCACAUUAAAAAUGGAAUACAUCGUAAACGAAUUUUAGAAGCAAUACAAUCUUCCAUAUCAAUACAUAAUCAGUUACGUCUUACAGAUAAUGAUUCCAAAUUAAACGCUUCAAGUCAUCCAAACAAGUAUAUUGAUAUAUUUAUUUCUUACCGUCGUUCUACUGGUUCUCAACUGGCGAGUUUAUUAAAAGUUCAUUUUCAUUUACGUGGCUAUCGAGUAUUUUUAGAUAUUGAUCGUUUAACUGCUGGAAAAUUUCAUGAAUCAUUACUUCAUUCUAUUAGAUCAUCAUAUAAUUUUGUUCUUGUUUUAACACCAAGAGCAUUAGAUAGAUGUUUAAAUGAUAUACAUUGUACAGAUUGGAUACAUAAAGAAGUUGUAUGUGCCUUGGAAAGUGGAUGUAAUAUAAUACCAAUUACUGAUAAUUUUACAUGGCCACCAGCUGAGUCUUUGCCAGAGGAUUUAAGGUCAAUAACAACCUACAAUGCAGUUAAUUGGAUUCAUGAUUAUCAAGAGGCAUGUAUUGAUAAAGUGGAAAAAUUCAUGAUUAAAUCAAUAACUUCAACUCCUUUACCAUGUAAUCAAAUUAAACCAUUUGAAAAAUAAAUUAUUUCUUAUAUUUUUCAUAUUCACCUUUGCAUAUAUUUUAAUUAUCAUUUCCUUCACUUCCUCUUAUAUUCUUUAUGAUUAAUGACUUAUUUUUUCAAAUUUCUAUGUUACUUUUCUGUUCAGAGAAUAUAUACCAGCUUAUUUAAUAAUAAUAUGAAGUUUAAAAAGAGUUCAUAUAUAAUACUUAUAAUUUGACUGAAUUAUACUACUUAUAUGCAUUUAUUAUUUUAUUUUGUUUCUUUUUCCCUUUUCUUAUAAUUAUUAUCAUACAGAAUAAUUAAAUCAACCCAUUUAUACUGAUCUCAUAAUUAUAUUUUAAAAAAUUCUAAAAAAAAGUAAAAAGAAAAAAGAAACAAAAGAGAUUUUUCUCUACAUUUUUUUUAGUUUGAAAGUCAUUUCAUUUGAUAAAUAGAUGAAUAUAAAGAUUUAUGUGAUAGGACUAGUUCAUUUUUUAAUUAAAUUCAGUCGUUUAUUUUAUAUACUAAUCUAACUCACAUACCAAUAAUAGCUUUAUGUACUUGACUGUGAGCCACACUAUCUUCUGAAGAGUUAAUUAUGCUGUUGAAGGAUGAGGAGACUUAAAUCUCUACUGAUUGGAUAUUAAAUAACUUAACCAUUGCUCCCCAUGAAGGUACUAGCAAUGUUCCAUUUAUACAAAAAAUAAUUCAGCUAUAUCAAUUGUAAUUAUAAGCAAAUCGGUAGAUGAUCAUUCAAAGCUUUAUAUUAAACCAACAUGAUGAUGUAAACUAGCAAUCAAAUGAGAAAGUACAGCAUUAAUUUUAGAUUCACAAACUCGUUUCUCGAAUCAUUUAUAAACAAAUAUGCGAGUAUACUAAAAUGUUGUGUUCUCAGAACAUAAAACUCCAGUAUUUUGAGUUAGUCAACUAACGAGAUAUACUUUUCCCUAAAAAGACGUAAAGCUGUAACAGUAAGUUUAUUACUCAGCCUGUGUAUCCUUUCAAAGAAUAAUUUCCCUAAGAAUAUCGAGGUGCAAUUUUAAAGAUUUAAAUUACAGUGGACAGAAUUAUCUUCAAAUAUCUGCUGUCAGCAUGUCCAACCUGGUCCGGUCAGACAUGCUAAAUGAGAUAUAAAUAUAAUAAGAAAUAACUUUCAAAAUUAAGUUUCUAAUAAAAGUGACUUAUACGAAUUAUUCAUUAAAUAAAUAAAAGAAAAGGGCCUUUUAGUACGCACACUGAAUGAACAUCGAAAAUGUCGCGAAUAAUUUCAGCUAUCAAAAUCUUAAUAUUUUAUUUAAACCUAUGCUAUAAGGAUCAUAACCUGUUGUCUACACUAAUCAGCCAAAUAUUUUCAAAAUUACUCGAAAUACACAUCUCAAUAAGCUAUUUUCUAUGAGUAAAUUCAAGCUAAAACAUAGUAUUUUACAUCUUACGUAGUUAAAAAAAAUAUUACAGCGGUGAUAUAUUAACUUAUUUCAUUUUAUGUUCUUCAGAGUCUCUUUACUGUGUUUUAUCUAAUGUGACUCAACAAAUAUACUUGAUAACAUAAAUGUCAUUUUCUAUAUAAAAUAUAUUUUUGUUUAGAAUGGCUUAUUUUAAUUUUGUUGCUUCCAUAGCAAUCUUUUUUCGAUGUAAAAAAUAUAAUUAACUGAUCGUUUAUACAAUGACGUACAUUCACUGCAUACUUCUAACUGAACUAUAUCAAUAGAUAAAGGUCAUUCAACGUACAAUUUGUUUGGCAUAUACAUAUGUUUUCCAUUUCAUAGAGUGCACAGAAUAGAGAUCUUCCCAUGUAUAUUAAUUAGUGAAGAGAAGAAAUCCAGAUUUCCAAACGAACAAAUUAACUGGAAUAUGUAAUUAUAUAAAUUCAAACUUUUGUUUAUUUACUAUCAUAAAUUUCGAUUUUGAUUUUAAAAAAUCUGUUUGUAUGAUCUGUAUUAUGAUUCAAAACUGUCCGAAACAAUCAUAAAUAUAUUAUAAGCAGAAUUU